AGCAUUGCGGCCACCGGGUCUCCUAUUAGUACGGUUAGUGCCUUGAUGAGCGCGCUCCCCGGCCCCAAAUGUCCUUGCACGGAUGAUCCAAACGAUGCGCUUUCGUUACCGGUUGCUGGAACAUACCUACCGGUACACGGGGUUCGGUGAGAUGGACUUCACGCCGAAUACCUAGUAGGUACAUACCGGUAUUCAACUUGUGAGCGGCUUAGGAUCCGGGCGACUGUCGCCGGUCGGUAUGCAUAACUUGGGGUGGGUAUGUAACCGGUUAAUCCCCGUAAUCUUAUCUAAUCUUAUCGCGGAGCUUCUCCGAUGCUCGAUCUCCACAUGAAAGACGCCCGCGCCGUCACGCCGUGUGAGGUGUUUCUCGUCGGCGGAUGCUCGGUUCGACGCUCUGCUGUGCUCUCGGUGCCGGUGGUUGUACAUACCUCAUAUGCUCGUGUUUCCUUCACCCCUUCUUGCCUUAUUCUCCAUGAGUACACGCUCUUCGCUACCGGUGGGGGUUCGGUCGCGGUUGGAAGCACAUGGAAGCGUGGGAUUGGCUCGGAUCGUUCCGAAGCGUGUUCACCGACGAAAUUGCCACCAUCACGAGGGCGCGAGACGGACGAAGAAUCGAAAAGAUCGGACUUCAGGGGGCGGGGUGCUGGUUUCUGUGAGAUGGUAUUAUCCGCAAUAUCUACACGGUUAUCGCAUCUCGCUCUUUGCUAUCGUCGCUCUUCGGAGAUUCUCCGGCUCAGCUCAUGGUGGACGAUGACGAUCAGCUCAAGGCUGAAGUCUGACAGCGCAACUGGGUGGGUGGGGAGCGAUGGUGCUCCAGAGCGAGCAGCACGUGCAAUUUUCGUCAGAGUUGGAGACGGCCGUGUGCGAAUGGGAGGCCUCAGGCCGGCGGACGGAACGAGAGCGAAGAUAGUUGCUAUCGCAGUAUUCUUCACGCCGGUGAUGGGAGCAUCGUCGGAGAGCGCACCGUACAGACAUACACGUUCCAUCACGGUAGGAAUUUAAUGGACGUGGGUUAGGCAAGGGACGGCAAUAGACGCGAGGGAUAUUGGAAUGUGAAUGCGAAGCCGAAAUCAGGGCAUGUGGAGAUACGGUAGGAUCAUCGUCACUGGAGGGGGCGGCGAACACCUUCUUCCGCCUGCUUCUCAUCCUCCUCCUCAUCCUCCUCCUCAUCCUCCUCAUCCUCACCCUCCUCACCCUCACUCUCCUCACCCUCCCC